UCCGCCCCUCGCGCCGCGCCUGCCCGCGGGGGUCGCGCGCGCGCGUGCGGGCCGCGUCUCCUAGCAACGCCCAAACAAGGUCACGUUCCAACCCCUUCGGCGCCCGCCGCCGGCGCAGACGGGCGGGGCUUCGGCCGCCGGUUCUCGGUCUUUCUGCCGCCCCAGUCUGGGUGCCUGAGGGCGUCGUCCGUACCGCCCCUCUUCCUGUCACCCUAGGGCGGCCUCUGGGCGACGGCGGCGUUGAUUCACGGUCCUUGAUGUUGGAGGACACUGGCCGGGUGGGUCCCUUACGUCACGUCACUAGGCAGCCUGGGGGAGCCUGCGCUGCCGCCCUCCCCAGCAUGUGCUGGCUAGAAUGGUAGCCUACCUUUUGUAAGCCAAGCACUACCUCCUAAGUGAGUCUAGCCACGCCCCACAAGUUGAAACUGGAACCAAUGCCCCUCUUACAGAGGAAGAAACGCACUUUGGAAACGCUAAAUAUUUCCAGUAGCCCAAGAAGAACUGGUGAUGAAGCCACAGCUGUCAUAGACACAAAGCAGGUGAGAUCUGACAACACUGAGACUCCAUCCAGCCUUGCAGAAAACAUCUUGCUGAACUGCACUUCAGUGUGUUACUCUGAGCUUUUGACUAGAACAGUCACUAGCAGCCUGCAGCCUACCUCUGCCCUGAAGCCCUCCACCACAGCUGAGGACAUCUGCACCAUACUCUUGAACUUCCAGGGCUAUGAAGUACUUGAAACUCUUGUGUUUAUAAAUUACCUAUUUUAA